UUUUACUUUGUGUUUUUAGUUUUGCCAUAAAAUUGUUGGUUUAAUUGACAAAUACUAGGUGUUAGAAAUGGAAACGUACGAGAGCGUUUUGCUUGUAAAGAACGAAGUUUUCGUUUUCAAAAUCCCUCCAAAAACAUCUAAUAGAGGGUAUAGGGCUGCUGACUGGAAUUUGCAGGAGCCUCAAUGGACAGGUCGCAUGAGGCUUGUUUCCAAGGGGGAGGAACUAAUAAUGAAAUUGGAAGAUAAAACAUCAGGAGAAUUGUUCGCGAAAUGUCCCAUUGAUAAAUAUCCUGGAGUGGCAUUAGAGGCUGUGACUGACAGUUCGCGUUAUUUUGUAGUGAGAAUUCAAGAUGAUAAUGGACGAACUGCUUAUAUUGGUCUGGGAUUUGGUGAUAGGUCUGAUUCGUUUGACCUUAAUGUUGCUUUGCAAGAUCAUUUUAAGUGGCUGCGAAAGGAGCAGGAGGGUGAUCAACCUCCAUCUCAACAACUAGACCUGGGUUUCAAGGAAGGCGAAACUAUUAAGAUUAAUAUGAAGAUCACUAAAAAAGAUGGUAAUGAAACAAGUCGGCCACGGCGUGGUGUAGGCGCGGGCGUUGUAGGCGGAUUGCUGCCUCCACCUCCUGGUGGAUCACGGCUUCCACCACCACCCUCUCCACAACAUGCUCCCUCACCAUCUACAGCUGUUCCUCCUCAAGGAGCUAACUCAGAAUGGGGUGAUUUUAACUCUGCCAGCACUACAAGCCAGAAACCGGCAGCACCAGCCAACCAGCAAAACUGGGUACAAUUUUGAAGACAUGUACCUAUUUAGUUAUAGUUUGGUGUCAGCAUUGUGAAAAUGAUUUGAAGCACAACACUUACAUAAAAUAUACUUAAUGAUUUAGAACUAGCAUAUCAGUUGCCUAUUAUGACUGAGUACAUACAUCAUUGUGUUUUGUAUGUUUAAUUAACAUUAAGAGUUAACUAAUAUAUUUAAAUCUUUUUAAAAAAUCUUCAUCACGUUAUACAUAUUGUUAUUGAGUUUAUUAACUGUGCAUGUUACUUAAUUAAUCAGGCUGCCAUUAAACUAACGUUAUAGAUUUUAUGUAAACAUAAAAAUUCAGUCAGUCUUAUUUGUCAGGCAUCUUUUAAGUAAUUUAAUUGUUGAGAAAAGCUUUUAAUUAUAAGAUAAUCAUUAGUUUGGCACAUAUUUGUGUCGUGUUGUGUAGUUUUGUUGCUGUCGCGAGUUGUUGCAUAUGUUAGAAUGAAACGGGUGUUUCUGACGCGACACACAUAAAAAUGUUUUUAAUCAUACUAUAUAUAUGAUACUGAUAUGUUUUUGGCGCGCGAUGCUAAUGGCAUAAUACGACAGAGAAAUGUGUUUCUGCCACUUCUUUCUUGUACGGCCGUUCCGUUUCAUAGAUGCGAUAUGUGCGGACUUGAUAAAUAUUUAAAAGAAUGAAUAGAUUGGACGGUAAUUUUAUAUGUAGUGAAAGUAAGAAAUUAAAUUACAAAUUUUAUGUGUCGGUAAAUAUGGCCAUUCAUGAAAAAGUAUGGCCAUAUUUGGCUUAGUACUAUUUAAAAAUUUGGUAUCAAUAGUUUUUCAACAUUUGACAGAUAUAAAUUUAAUGGCGCCAUUUUAAUGGCGUUUGGGAUUUUUUUCUAAUUUUUUAUGUGGAAAGGUUUUUUACACAAAUCUUAUAACGACAGGGAACGCAAUGGCCGCUUAGUUUUAUUAAGUUAAACUGUAAUUAUCAUUCCAUAAUUAUAAAUAAAAUACUUUUGAUUGUUCUUAGCUAAUAAAUGCACGGUAAUUUUUCAGUUAAUAUAUAUUGUUAUAUAUAUAUCAAAGUUUUUCUUUAUGGGUUUGAAUAGGUAUUAAAUAUUUCUAGUGUAUCAUUAUAAAUAUAUUGCUCACAUAAUGUAGAAAGACUGUUACAACUUGUUCCAUGUACAGUCAUGUUCAAAAUAUAGUUAGUUAUGAUUUGAAACAACGUUAUGGAUGGUUCAACAAUACCUGCUGAAGUUGACUGUUCGUUUCAAAAUUAAUCAGGUCAAUCCAUCUGCAACUUUCGUGUCUUGUUCAACAAGCAAUAAUAUAGUAUAUUAUUGGGAUUGGCGGCCUAAAAUAAUUGAUUUUAUGUUAAUUAUAUAUUUUAAUAUAUUUCGUAGUCUGAAGCUUUUGUGAUCAGGUUGAUAUAUAUCUGUGUAUCAGUGCAGUAUGUGAUCAGGUAGUUAACUAAGUGUCAUAACAAAAAGUGCGUGAUUUAUAAAUUUAGGUAAUGUCGCCGCAU